AUGUCGAUGGAAAUCGUUCUCAUCGUUAUGGAACUUAUGAUUCUUCCGGCGAUGGCCGUCGCGUUUUGUGGCGGGAAAAAAAAGAAGAAGAACCAGGCGACGAUGAGUGUUCAGCAGCCUCCCGUGAAACCGGUGACCUCCCAAUUCUCACCGAUUGUGGCUGACACUCCGGUGGGUCCUCCGAAAGCUCCAGAUGCGGAGAAAAAAGAAGAAAACGUGGUGGAGAAGAAGAAGGAAGAAGAGGUGAAAAAGGAGGAGGCGGAGCCCAAAAAAUCCGAGAAAAAAUCCGAGAAAAAGUCGGAAAAGAAGACGGAGGAAAAGGCGAAAUCGGAGAAGAAAUCAGAAGAGAAGAAAUCCGACAAAAAAUCCGAAGAGAAGAAGAAAUCAGAAAAGAAAUCCGAAGAGAAGGACGAGAAGAAGGGGGAGGAGCCAAAGAAAUCGGAGAAAAAAUCGGAGAAAAAAUCGAAAAAAUCGGAUAAAGAUGAGAAAAAAGAUGAAAAGAAAGAGGAAAAGAAAGAGGAAAAGAAAGAGGAAAAGAAAGAAGAAGACGUGAAAAAAGUGGAAGAGGUCAAAAAAGAGACAUCCAAAAAGGAGGGAUCGAAAAAGGAUCAGAAACGAGAUGCGCUCGUUGAAAACCCCAUUAUUACGGAGGUCUCGGAUAGGGAUGACAAAAAGGAUAAGACGGAUAAGAAGGAGGAAAAGAAAGAGGAAAAGAAAGAGGAAAAGAAGGAUGAAGAGAAAAAGUGA